UCUUCAUAUUAAUGUUGCUCUAAAUAGAAUAUGUAGUCAUUAUCCUAAUGAAAAAGAAUUAACAAUAUAUUCUCAUGAUAAUGUUAAAAAGGGCUUGCAAUUACAGGAUCUUGGUCUUUUUAUAUUAGCUUCUUUAGGUUUAUGUACUGAUAUAUAUCUUGCUAUUUCACCUUUAGGAAAUGCUUGCCAAUAUAGACCACCAAGAUAA